AUGACCGGUCGCGGAAACCCAGGCGGACGAAAGACGCUCCUUGCGCCAAUCCACUUUAUUUUCAAGCUAUUGCAACAACGCUCCACGGUGUCGAUCUGGUUAUAUGAGCAGCUCUCCUUCCGUAUAGAAGGGAAGAUUCGCGGAUUCGACGAGUUUAUGAACCUUGUGGUGGAUGAUGCUGUCGAGGUCCGUUUGGCAACGAAGAGUGAGGAGGAGAAGAGACGGAAUCUAGGUCAAAUCCUUCUCAAAGGCGAUAACGUUUCUCUCAUUCAAGCGUUCCUUGGUCUGGACAGCACAAGCCUUGGUAGAUACGAAAUUAACGGGCACAUGGUCGUCAAAGUCGCGUCAAGUUGUUACCGGCCCGACGCAUUUCUAGAACCUCCCUUGACAGGAAUAUCAUAUUCCUUUACGGACGAUGGCUACUAUGAAGAAGCAUAUUAUCGGGCUAUUCCCAACCCAACGCAACCCGACUGCCCCAAGGGGAUAAUGCAGUGGCAGCACGGCACCUACUCGCUUCAAACGAACGGCUCGCUGGUGUUGACACCGAUUCACUCUGAUGGACGUCAAUUGAUGUCCGAUCCUUGUGCUGGACAUCACUCAACAUACACGCACUACAAUCAGAGUGUGCUCUUCGAGAGCUACCGUAUAUACAUGGAUAAAUACCAUGGUAUACUGAGACUUGAUCUGGCCCAGUUCGACGGAUCCCCCAUGCAACCUCUAUAUAUCCUUUACCGACCUCCUUCCAUGUUGCCCACCACGACUCUGAAUCCCAGCAAGGCAGCAGGAAAGGCGAAGAGGGCUGUGGCGAUUGAUGGAACAGAGAAUCAAAUAUCUUCCAUGAUAAGAAGCAUUGAACCUGUCAUCAUUGAACGCUGGUGGUGGUUCGGUGUCAUUUCGACCUCUGUUGGUGGAUUGGUGCUGUGGUGCUCUUGA